AUGGAGGAUGUCUUAUCCAAGUAUCCUCCCGACGAGGACCUCAUCCAGAGGAUGGAAAAGGAGAUUCAGGCUAGAGAAACGUCAGAGCCCAUCCCUUGUCUGAUUCUGGACGUAAAACUUGCACUCAAUGCUCGAGACUGGUACGGCAUGCAGUACGUUGCGGUCGGGUUCCGCCGCGAGGGGGAACCAAAGUUUUGUGCCUGGACGUAUAUCAUUGUUGCCAGAGGCACGCUAUCAGAUUUCGGCCGCGGGAAUGAUGUAACGCUUGGUAUCACCAAUCAAUUAGGCUUCGCUCUCAAAAACACCGUAGUCCCAGGCGGAAAGGAGCACGCUCGGCUCCUUCUGCAGGAAGUCAUCGACAAAGCCAGCAACAGGUCACUCGUCCUCGAAGCUCGCAUGAACCUCGGCUAUUAUCACAUGGAUCGUGUCGAUUAUCAGAAAGCCAGACAGGAGUUCGAAAUGGUGUUGAGACUUUUAGACAACUCGACAUCAGCGCUUUACGACACCAAGCUAGCUCUUGCCAAAAUCUCGACAGGAGAAAAACGUUUUGAUGAAGCCGCGAAGUCAUUCAAAUCGUUGUUGAGGGACUCCAGGAGCUUGGUUGGGGAAGAAAAGGUCUUCCGACUUGCGGUCUUGGCUGCGUACCUUGAGUUUCUUGACGCCAAGGGAGGACAGGCCGGGGAUAGUCAGGUCGGCUGGUUCAAGGUAUUGACCUCGUACUUCCCUUUUAGUCACAUUAUGAGAGAAGCGGAUGUGAAGGUCGAUGAUUGCCUCGGCCAGCAGCUCGACUCGGCAAAAGCAAUCCGUCGAGUCUUGGAGUUGCGGGACACAUACGUGACCAUUUCCUGUGCAAAGUCUCGGGCCGAACAUCUUACCGCUCAGUCAAUUCGGAGGUACAAUGCUGUAAUGCAGGAACUGCGACGAGAUCUGGAAGUCUCGAGGGAAACGAAACAGACUUCCGAAUUCUCUGACAUAUUGACAGCAAUUACGGAAGAAUUUGUCGAGUUUGUUUAG